CACAACUCAUUUAAAUCUGGCACAAAAAUCUAACUUCAUUUUAUAAAUUCAACCACACAUAUUUAUAUUGCUUAUCUACCCACUCUGCUGUCAAUCUCUUCAGACUUCAAUCAACUUCUCAUCUCCUCUCUCAAACUUCAUUAUAACACCUCAAAUUCUGCCAUGAAAACACCUUAAAACUCAUCAAUGGCAGGAUUUGAAAGCAUCCUACAUCUCCUCUUUUAUGUUUCACUUCUUUCUUUACUGCCACUAAAGACCACCUCAGACUCGAUAACACAAGCAACAGCUUUAAUUAGAUGGAAGAAUACCUUAUCAUCUUCUUCAUUGGGUUCAUGGUCUUCUAGAAACGUUCAGAGUCUCUGCAACUGGAAUGGUGUUAUCUGCAAUGAAGAUGGAAUGGUGGUCAAGAUUCAUCUUCAAGAUUCGUCCAUCUCUGGAACACUAACAGAAUUCAACUUUUCUGCAUUCUCAAAUCUUACCCAUUUGGUUCUAAGUCAUAACAAUUUCACUGGUUUGAUUCCAUCCACCAUUGCCAACCUUUCAAGCAUCAAGUUCUUGGAUUUGAGCUCCAAUUUCUUUGAAGAUGAAAUCCCAUUAGAGAUUGGAAGGUUAACACAGUUAAGAUAUCUUAAUCUUAAUGAUAACAGUCUGAAUGGUCCAAUUCCAUUUCAAAUCAGCUAUCUUCAAAAGGUAUGGUACUUGAACCUUGGAGGGAAUUACUUAACUGAUCCAAAUCCAAACUGGUUUGACUUUUUAAGUAUGCCAGCUUUGACUUUUCUCAAUCUUUACUACAAUGAAUUUGAGAAUGGAUUCCCAGAUUUCAUUCUUGAAUGCAAGAAGUUGACUUUUCUUGACUUGUCAUCAAACCAUUUUAAUGGCACUUUACCUGAAUCAUUAUUCACCAAUCUGGGCAAGCUUCAAUACCUCAAUCUCACWGAUAAUUUGUUUCGAGGUUCGUUGUCAAUGAACUUCUAUAAUCUUUCAAAUUUGAAAGAUCUUAGAUUAGGGAACAAUCAAUUUUCAGGCCCAAUUUUGCAGGAUUUAAGUUUGAUGCCAAGUCUUGAAGUUAUAGAAUUGUAUGGGAAUUCAUUUGAUGGAAAGAUACCUUCUUCUAUAGGCCAGCUUCGAAAUCUUUGGUAUCUAGAUCUCCAUUCGAAUCAACUCAAUUCUUCGAUUCCUUCUGAGCUUGGAUUCUGUUCUAAUCUAAGUUUCUUGGCUCUAGCCGGAAACUCACUUUCUGGGGUAUUACCGUUGUCGUUAUCCAAUCUGACCCAGAUUUCUGAUCUGGGUCUCUCUGAAAACAAUCUUUCUGGUGAGAUUUCUUCUGGUUUAAUCACCGGUUGGACCCRAUUGACUUCUUUUCAGGUUCAAAACAAUCUCUUCACCGGAAAARUCCCACCGGAGAUUGGUCUCUUGACAAAUCUCAGUUUUCUCUUUCUGUAYAACAACAGUUUCACAGGCCCAAUUCCACCGGAGAUUGGGAACUUGGAAAAUCUUGAGAGUGUGGACCUUUCAGACAAUCGGAUUUYGGGUACAAUACCUUCGACAAUCGGAAACUUGACCAACCUUCACACGAUACAGCUUUUCUCCAAUAAUCUCACCGGAAAAAUUCCACCGGAGAUCGGAAACUUGACUUCAUUGACUGCACUUGACCUCAACACCAACCAAUUGAGUGGAGAGUUGCCAGAUACUCUCUCUAAUCUUUCUAACCUCAUGGUUCUUUCACUGUUUAGCAACCAUUUAUCGGGUGGAAUUCCUGAAGAUUUAGGCAAGAACAACCUGUUUCUAACAAAUGUCAGCUUYGCAAACAACAGUUUUUCUGGAAAAUUACCUUCAGGAUUGUGCAGCGGGUUUCAGUUUGAUCAAUUCACUGUAAAUGGCAACAAUUUCAGUGGGUUAUUACCGGAUUGCAUAAGGAACUGUACGAACCUUCGUAGGAUCAGGCUGGAUGGAAACAAGUUCACUGGGGACAUUUCACGAACAUUUGGUGUGCAUCCAAAUCUCAUAUACAUCAACCUCGGUGGCAAUCAGUUUACAGGUGAAAUCAAUCCCCAAUUCGGAAAAUUGCAAAAUCUAACCAAUCUGCAAAUGGAAAGGAACAGAAUUUCUGGGAAAAUUCCACCGGAGAUCGGAGACUUACCACGGUUAAGCGUUCUAAAACUCGAAUGGAACCAACUUACCGGCGAAAUCCCGAGUGAAUUGGGUAAAUUGAACAAUUUGUUCAAUCUCAAUCUUAGCAACAAUCAGUUGAGUGGACAGAUCCCUCAGAAUUUAGACAACUUAACCCGUCUUCAAGCUCUCGAUUUCUCGGCAAACAAUCUGWAUGGAAGCAUACCAACAACGAUCGGAAAUUGUGUAAGCUUAUCAAGCUUGAAUUUGAGCAACAAUGAUUUGUCAGGAGAAGUACCUUCUCAGCUCGGAAACUUGUUCCGGUUGCAGUAUCUGUUAGAUCUAAGCAGCAAUUCAUUUUCCGGUAGAAUUCCUCCGAAUCUGGCGAAGCUCAACAUCCUCCAGACUCUCAAUCUUUCACACAACAAUUUCUCAAGUGGAAUUCCUCAAGCGAUAGCUACUGGCAUGAUUAGCUUACAAUCAAUUGAUCUCUCCUACAACAAUUUAUCAGGACCAAUCCCGAAUGUGGGUAUAUUCAAACAAGCACCGGCAGAAUCCUUUGCCGGAAAUCCAGAUCUGUGUGGAUCAUUAAAAGGACUCUCUCCUUGUAACAGCAACGCCACACAGGAAAAAUCCCCCCACAACAAGAAACUGCUUAUUGCUGUUCUCGUACCGGCGAUCAUUUUCUUCUUAAUGGCAAUAACGAUUGCUGUAUUUUGCAUCGUCAUACGAAGAAGAUCAAACCCCAUUGACGAAGAGAUUAGAAGCACCACCACAAUUCAAAACUCCGAAUUCGUUAUAUGGGAAAGAGACAGCCGAUUUACGUUCGGAGACAUCGUAAAAGCCACUGGAAACUUCAACGAAACGUACUGCAUCGGAAAAGGAGGGUUCGGGAGCGUGUACAAAGCCAAAUUACCAACCGGACAGAUUGUAGCAGUGAAGAAACUGAACACAGAUCCCGACGACGUUCCGGCGACAAACAAACAGAGUUUCGAGAACGAAAUCCGUGCCCUAACGGAAAUCCGUCACCGGAAUAUUAUCAAACUGUACGGCUACUGUCGCAGGGACGGCGGGAUGCAUUUGGUGUACGAAUAUAUGGAGAAGGGUAGUUUGGGAAAAGUACUUUAUGGAGCAGGGGCAAUUGUGGAAUUAGAUUGGAAUACGAGGGUUAAAAUCGUCCAGGAUUUAGCCCAUGCAUUAGCCUACUUGCACCAUGACUGCAUUCCCCCGGUUGUACAUCGAGACGUCUCGUUGAACAACAUUUUACUCGAGUCCGAUAUGGUUCCCAGGUUGUCGGACUUCGGGACCGCCAAACUGUUGAACCCGGACUCGAGUAAUUGGACCGGAGUCGCAGGGUCCUACGGCUACAUGGCACCAGAACUUGCACUCACGAUGAGGGUUACGCCAAAAUGUGACGUUUUUAGCUUUGGAGUCGUAACGUUCGAGAUCAUGAUGGGGAGGCAUCCCGGUGAGCUCUUAUCCUCUCUGCAAUCAUCAAACACGACCUCUACCACUGCAAACGAUCUCAUUCUACUGAAAGACAUCCUCGACCGGAGGCUUCCGCCUCCCACGGAUACAGUCGGCGAGCAAGUUGUGUAUGUACUAAAUGUUGCUUUGGCUUGUACCCAACURGCACCCGAGUCAAGACCAUCGAUGCGCACCGUUGCACAAGAACUAUCGGCAACGGCUACUACUCAGCCCCAUCUAACUGAGCCACCGGAAGAGAUUAGAUUGAACAAGUUACCAAGUUUCGUAAAGUAGAAAUCGUACAUAUGAACAAGUAGUUGAAUUCUAACGAUUAUUGUCGUGUUUUUGUUGUCAAAUCUAAA